AGAAGCGAUGAAGUUUGACAGUGAGUUCGAGGUGCGCGAGCUGGUGGCUUUUUAAGUGAAAACGUCGUUUUAUGAGUUUUAUCGUCGAAGAAUGGACCGGUCUCGUAUUCGCCGGCUGUUCUCGGUUUGUGACGUGAAUAAGUCCGGGCGGAUUGAGUUCGAGGACUUCACCGCCGUGUGCCAGGAGCACAACGUCCCGGAGUCUGAGAUCCGAGCGCUGUUCGACAGGUUGGACGCCGACAAUGAUGGACACAUCGACUACUGCGAGUUCUCCUCCAUGUUCCAGGAGUUCUCCGCCGCAUUCGACCUGUUCGCCGAAGCCGGGUCGAGCACCAUCCUCGGGGGUGCGUGGGAAGAGUUUGUGGACAAGUCCAACGUGGUUUCUGUCUUCUCUGAGAGUCUCAGGGAGCAGUUGGCUGAUCUCUACCAGGCCAUUCACUCCUCUGCAAACACCGCGCUGCUGCUGCAGUAUGAGGAAGUGGUGCACUCCCUCGCUGGUCAGAGCCUGGACACCCGGCUGGAGUUUGAGCAGCUGGGAACAAGUUUGAAGCGAGCUGAGGAGAUGAACAGCAAUCGACUGGCUGAAGUGGAGGAGGACACGCAGCUUCAGCUGGCCAAAGCAGAGGAAAGAGUGAGAGAUGAGGAGCGUCGGAAAAUGGAGGCCAUCGUGUCUGAGCUGAAGAGGAAGCACAUGAGUGAGAUGGCUGAGCUGCACGAUACUGUGGACGGGCUGUUAAAAAGAGAUGAGUCUGAAGACGACCCGUCGAGGGAAGAAGUGAACCAGUUGAUGGCUGAAAUCCAGACUCUCACACUGGAAAACCAGCGGCUGCAGGCGUCGCUGCUACAAGCGCAGACAAACAUCUCUGCCCUGCAGACGGAGCUGGACAAGAUCAAAAACUCCUACCUGGAUCAAAAAACCCACCAUGAGAGAGUGACUGAGGACUUAAAGAAAAUGGUCUCUGAGUAUCAGUCGUACUCUGGCCAGAUCCGCCUGCUCCAGGAGAUGAACAAGCAGCUGUGUGACAGUAACGACGGGCUGCGAUCGGCUCUGGAGAGUGAAGCGGUAGCGACCAAAAGACGGAUGUCGCCCCAAAAUGACAUCCCAGCUCGGAGGAUGAAGCCUCUUCGACAGAGCACGUUCAACAACGGCACGAGCGCGGGCUAUUCUCACGUGGCCUCAUGGGCUGACAAGUACCUGGACAGCGGCGUCUCUCUGCAGACGGACAUGGCAGAAAGCAGCGACUAUGACAGCGACGAUGGGAGGAACUCACUAGAGACGGUGUUUCAGAGCUACGUCCAGUCUGACAUCGAGAUAUCAGAAGUCGCGUCGGAAGCCGCCGUUUCGCUGGCGCCGAGUGUCACCAGUUCCUUCUCCGCCUCACUCCGAAGACGCUUGUCUGCUUUUUCAGUGAAGCCCUCAGUCUCCGACCUCACACCACCGGAGGAGCCGGCUCCCAUGUUCCGUCUGGUUCUGGCUGGCGACGCUGGGUCCGGAAAGUCCAGUUUCCUCCUCCGAUUGAUGCUCAACGAGUUCAGAGGAGACAUCCAGAGCACGCUGGGCGUGGACUUCCAGAUCAAGAGGCUGCUGGUGGACGGGGAGAGGACGAGCCUUCAGAUCUGGGACACAGCUGGGCAGGAGAGGUUUCGCAGCAUCGCACGGUCGUAUUUCCGUAAAGCACACGGCGUCCUCCUGUUGUACGAUGUGACUUCAGAGAGCAGCUUCCUGAACGUGCGAGCGUGGGUGGACGAGAUUCAGGACUGCACACAGGACGAGAUUUCCAUGUGUGUGAUCGGGAACAAGAUGGACCUGAAGGAGUCCAGUCCAGAUGGCAGCUGUGUCAGCAGUCUGCUCGGAGAAAAGCUUGCCAAGGAAUAUGGAGCCUUGUUCUGUGAAACCAGCGCCAAAGAAGGAACCAACGUUGUGGAGGCCGUGCUUCACCUGGCGAGAGCCGUCAAGAGAAGUGUCAAACUGAGGCAGAGGUCAGACUCUCAGGUCCAACUGGGUCUCAGCCCCAAAAAAAGCAGCUGCUGUCAACUGUAAACACAAUGACCCACACACUAUUACCACUGCAUGUGCUUUAUUUUUUACCGGUUUUAGCAUUUUAGUGACUUAAAUGAAGGUUCCUGCACACAGAAAAUGUACUGGCGUUCUUUCCUCCGGAGUUGGAUGGUGUUUUAAUGGUCGGGCAUUUUAAAGUCCAGUUUGUUUGAGCUCUGAUCAAAAUGUUUUAUAGCUGAAAUGUUACAGUGUUCUUAUAUCUUUCUGACAAAUAAAUAUCAAAUGCUUCUGUCUAGCUUCACCUCUACUCGUGCCGUCAUUCAUCCUCUACUCAGUCGACCUAAAGGCAGGCGAGGUCAGUUUCGCGCGGUCAGGACGACGGACGUGACCAAGCUGCCCAGCGCCACCAGCAGAGCGGCGAGUAUGAACUUCCAGGACAUUGCCUGAAUAACAAGCAAAACAUCGGAUUAAAACAAAGUCACGUUUGCAACUCUCAUCUCGGACUCACCGCUGGCCUCUUUUUGGGAGGGAUCAGAAACGGUGCCAUGUUUUCUCCGAGCAUUUCUGCUGGUUUGGGUUGGAACUUUUGGGUUUCUUUGUCCCCACAUUGUCUUCUCACCAGUUUGGACAGCUCGGCAUGGAUGGCCUUAAAAGAACGCAACAUCAGCUUGAUAACAAUUAACAGUCACCACAAUGCUGAGCUCCUCUGUUUAGUUUUUCAUUCUAUUACAGCACAAGUUCCCCAAACACGCAUCUGAAUAUACACAAUCUCUUUU